AUGAGCUCCCUAAACUCGCGCGGCUUCUACAUCCUCGUCUUCUCCGUUCAAUUCCUGGUCCUCCUGAUCUGCAUUGCCUACUGUAACGUCAUCAUGGGCGGCACGAUUCAAUCGUUCGUCACCGCCAUCGGCCAGUCGUUCGUCGACGCGUUCACACUGAAACAAAUUCGCAAUUUUGUGGAGGAGCGAAAAAUGCGAACGCAGCAGAGACAGGCGGUACCGGAUGAGCCGAUGACGGAGAGGGGCGGAGCCUCAGAUGAGCCGGGAACUUCGAAUACUGUUGAUGCUUAA